CAUCGAAAAUUUGCGUGGUUCGUACCGUCGAUCUCGAGGAUCGUGCGAGACGGCCGCGUGUCGCUGGACAUUUAAUUCUACGUCGCCGCACGAGACGGACCUGGUGUGCUGCCCGUGUGCUCGUCGCUCUGAGUGUUGCCGUUUCCGAGUGUUGUUACUUUCUGUUCAAUCUGUUCAAAACAGCAUUUGCCUCAUCAUCCUCCCGUGAAGCAAUGGCCCAAUCAAACAGCAGCGAUGGCUUCCUCAGCCAGCCGAAGGGCUUCUCCACCAAAGCGAUCCACGUUGGGCAGGAUCCGGAGCAGUGGAACAGCAUGGCGGUGGUGCCACCGAUCAGCAUGAGCACCACGUUCAAGCAGCACGGCCCGGGGCAGCAUGCGGGCUUCGAGUACGGGCGCAGCGGAAACCCAACGCGCGACGUGCUGGAACGCUGCAUUGCCUCGCUGGACAAUGGGCGCUUCGGGCUAACGUUCUCGUCCGGGCUCGGUGCGACGACGACCAUCAUUACGAUGCUGCAGAACGGUGACCACAUCGUGGCCGGUGACGAUCUGUACGGUGGCACCAACCGGUUGCUGCGCAAUGUCGCCCUCAAGAUGGGCAUUGAGGUUGAUUUCGUCGAUCUUACCAACAUGCAGCUGGUGGAGCAAGCGAUCAAACCGAACACGCGGCUGUUCUGGAUGGAAACGCCAACCAAUCCGCUGCUGAAGGUGGUGGACAUUCGUGCGGUGUCGGAGAUCGCCCACAAGCAUCCGGGUAUCGUGGUGGUUGUGGACAACACGUUCCUGUCGUCGUACCUGCAGCGCCCGCUUGAUUUGGGCGCGGACGUCGUUAUGUACUCGCUGACGAAGUACAUGAACGGUCACUCGGAUGUCAUUAUGGGUGCCAUGGUAACGAACGACGAGGCUGUUUACGAACGUUUGAAGUACCUGCAAAACGCCGCCGGUAUUGUGCCAUCCCCGUUCGACUGCUAUCUGGUCAACCGAAGCUUGAAAACGCUCGCCCUGCGCAUGGAACGGCACAAGAGCAACUCGCUGGCGAUUGCCAGGUUCCUCGAAACGCAUCCGAAGGUGGAGCGGGUGCUGCACCCGGGCCUGCCGAGCCACCCGCAGCACGAGCUGGCCAAGCGGCAAACGUACGGGCACAGCGGCAUCAUGUCGUUCUACAUCCGCGGCGGGCUGGAGGAGUCGAGCAACUUCCUGAAGGCGCUGCACGUGUUCACGCUCGCGGAAAGCCUCGGCGGGUACGAAAGCUUGGCCGAGCUGCCGUCGGUGAUGACGCACGCGUCGGUGCCGUUGCAGCAGCGCCAGGAGCUCGGCAUAACCGAUGGGCUGGUUCGGCUUUCCGUCGGGCUGGAGGAUGUGGAUGAUCUGAUCGCCGAUUUGAAGCAAGCGCUGGAUAAGGCAUAAGGAAUGCCGCUGCUGCGCGGUUGCAGAAACAACCAUUACUGCCCCUUUCGGAAAAUGCCUGCCCAACGGCAGCAAACGUACAAACCACAAACAAGCAUAAAAUACACCCCAAAAUCUUA